AUGCCCUCAAAUUGGUCACUCUUCACCACCGCGCUGGCCGUCGCCGCCGCGCUGGGCAGCACGGCUCAAGCACAGCUUUUCACCGUCAACUGUUCCCCGCUGACGAUUCAGCGCGGCGAUCCCAUCGUCUCGCCGGGCCAGAUCUCACCGCACGUCCACGUCGUCACUGGCGGCACUGCCUUUCAGCAGACGCAGAGCAACGAGCAGGCGCGCAGCGCACGCGCAACGACCUGCGACAAGCUCCUCGACAAGAGCAACUACUGGCAGCCGCAGCUGUACCACCAGCGGCACGAUGGGCGCUUUGAGCUGGUCACUAUGCAGGGCAAUGCGGCCUACUACAUCAAACGUGCAUGCGACUAUGCGCCGGGCAGACAAAACUGCAACAAUGCAACUGCGCCAAUUGCUCCCCCGCGAGGUCUUCGAAUGAUUACUGGAGACCCUUUCCUCAGAACAUACGAUCAAUCUAGCCUCGCACAGCAAGCCAUUUCCCAUGUCUGUCUCGAAGGACCCAACGAGGGUGAGACGCCUCACAUGAGCCGCCUGCCGUGUGGCCGCAUGCGUGCCGAGACCUUCUUCCCUUCCUGCUGGGACGGCCAAAACCUCGACAGCAGCAAUCAUAAAGAUCAUAUGGCGUUUCCCGCCGUCGGCGCAUACAACUUUGGCGUGUGCCCGGCGUCGCACCCAACGGCAAUCCUGUCCGUGUUCUACGAGUUCUUCUACGACACGGGCUCCCUCGAGGACCCAAACCGCCUCGUGUGGGCCAUGGGCGACCCGACAGGCUACGGCCUCCACGGCGACUACCUGCAGGGCUGGACCGACCAGCAGCGCCUCGACGACGCCAUCGCCACCUGCACAGGGCCCCGAGGCGUCGAUGAUGGCGCCUGCAGCCUCAAUGUCGGCCCGGACGGGAGCCCCGGCCACUCGAGCAAGCAGCAGGUUGAGGUGCCCGAGCCUGCGGAGCCGGUCGGCAAGCAGGGGCCGCUGGACAGGCUUCCUGGCAACAACCCGGUUACCGGGGACCCGGUAUGA